CAAUAUAAUGGUUCGCAAACGCAUGGGUUUUUCUUUUGUGCCGAUGUUCUUGCCAUUUCGUGCGCUCGCAAUGCGCUCGGAGAUGCUCGUGGCCGCGCCCAUGGAGCGACUGACGCGCAAUGGAUCCUCCUCCCGAGGGGUCAGUGAAGUGAAACUGAGAGGGAAGAGUGGACACUCCUCAGACGGUCAGCACUGCACUCACCAUGAGGAGCCGGGGGUCUGGGACUUCUACACAGAGAGGAUUUCACUUUGUCUGUUCACUGUCUGAUCCGGGAAAAUACGCACCGCUCCACGACUGCGCGCACAUAAUGUGAACUCCAUGCUGACUCCUCGCUGAGGGUCAGAAAAUGAACGCCUCCUCCUGCUGCGAUCCUUCGGACAACAUGUAUAGGCAGACUGCCGGAUUUGACCUCAAUGCCAGCUGUGACUGGACAUCGGUGGACCGAGCGCUGCAGCUGCCUACCUUCUCUAUCGCAGCCAAAGUCCGAGUGAUCAUCACCUUCAUCCUGUGCGGCGUUUCCACUCUCUGCAAUUCGGCUGUGCUGUGGGCGGCCAACGGCCACAAGCGCAAAUCCCACGUCAGGGUGCUGAUAGUCAACUUGACCGCAGCCGAUCUCUUGGUCACCUUCAUCGUGAUGCCCGUGGACGCCGUGUGGAACAUCACAGUGCAGUGGCUGGCGGGCGACCUGGCCUGCAGAUUCCUGAUGUUCCUCAAGCUGCAGGCCAUGUACUCCUGUGCGUUCGUCACAGUGGUGAUAAGCCUGGACAGACAGUCGGCCAUCCUCAACCCUCUGUGCAUUAGCAUGGCCCGCAAAAGGAACAGGGUCAUGUUGAUUGUGGCUUGGACUAUGAGCGCCGUGUUCUCUAUCCCUCAGAUGUUCAUUUUCCAUAAUGUGACCAUAACGUAUCCGGCCAACUUCACCCAGUGCACCACGAGGGGGAGCUUCGUCACUCACUGGCAGGAAACGGCGUACAACAUGUUUACCUUCUCCUGCCUCUUCCUGCUGCCGCUGGUCAUAAUGAUCACCUGCUACACCAGGAUCUUCAUCCAGAUCUCCAAGCGGAUGACAACGAAGAGCUUGUCCUCCAACGAGCCACAUCUACGCUGUUCAAAGAACAACAUCCCCAAAGCGCGGCUGAGGACUCUGAAAAUGAGCAUCGUCAUAGUGAUCUGCUUCAUCGUCUGCUGGACCCCGUACUACCUGCUGGGUCUGUGGUACUGGUUCUUCCCGGACGACUUGGAGGGGAAAGUCUCUCACUCCCUCACCCACAUCCUGUUCAUCUUUGGCCUUUUCAACGCCUGCCUGGACCCCGUCAUCUACGGCCUGUUCACCAUACGCUUCCGCAAGGGCCGGCGGAGCAGCCACCGCAAAGCCACGGUGAUGUCGGAGAAGGCGACCAACGCGCUGAUAACGGAGCCUUUGCCGUGCAAGAGAGGAACGGCCACCGGUGAAGAGGACGGCCACUGUGAGCAGGCUGCGCUGAAAACCGCCGACACCAGGUGUCCAGCUGUGUUCAGUGAAGGAGAACGGUGCCAACUCAGCACUGAGAGCACAAUGUGAUGAAGAGGAAAACAGAGCAAUGCAACGAACUUUAUACUGUUCUAUGGACUUAAUUAUUUCAAUUAUUUUGCCUUUUUUCCAGUGUUAUCUCUUCACUGGAUAUACUCAUUCCACGACGACACAUGCAUGUGUGUGGUUAAUCUGCAAACUUAUCAUAUUUGUCACCAUGUACUCCAGAGUAAUGUGUAAUUAUGUCUGCAGACGUGUCUUUGUGUGGGGCCCUUUGGGGCUGUCCUCCUCACUUAAGGGUUAUAUAAGAGCUUUAUGGACACAGUAAAAAGCUCUUUAAAGGUUUGUGUGUUGUGUAGCUGGCUCGCUAUAUACAGUGUACAUUCACCGUUGCACAACAGUCGUCACAAACGGCUCUAUUUGCUGGUCUCCGGUGACUGUUAGGGGUUACAGAGGCGGCGAAUACGCAACUACAACUAAAGAAGAAAGGAAGACCCCUUCAGAAGAACUUUCAUGACCCAGUCCAUUCCCUUAGGGGGACAAAUGCCUGUCAUGUUAUUCGGACAGCAAUCACAUGGUGUCAAGCAUGUCAACCUUUGCAUGUCAGUCCCAAGUCAAAGGGCAUGGAGUUGUGUUAUGAAUAAAGCAGGGCGCAACAGACAUAAA